CAUGGCGGCCGCAGAGAGCCCCUCCGCUGCCCUCCGGCGCCGCGACCUCUGCAGCCGCGGCAUCCGCCUGGCUGGCAAGAUGCGCGCGGAUGUCGUCGACCUCCUGGACGCCUACGUGGAGCAGCAGGGCUUGGACGCCUCGGCCAGUGCGGCGGCAGUGGAGGGGGUGCCGCUGGCGGCGGUGGAGCGCUGGGACGAGCAGACGGGCACGCAGCGGCUGCUGGAGAACCUGGCGGCCUACCGGGCCUUCCGCACCCUGCUGGCCCAGAUGCUGGAGGAGCAGCGGGAGCAGCUGGGCGAGGCCGACGCGGGCCUAGGCCGGGCGCUGGCGGCUGUCCUGCUCCAGGUCUCGGCCUUCGCCUACCACCUCGAGGAGCUGCUGCGGCUGGAGAGCCGCGGGGUCCCCGGCGAGGAGGGGGAUGAGGAGGAGGAGGACGGGCCGCCGCCCCCGCCACGCCUCAGCCUCUUCGAGCAGAAGCUGCGGGGCCUGGGCGUGCUGCGGGAGCUGGCCCAGUGGGCCGUGAGGUCCGUGCGGGACCUGCGGCAGCUCGCCAAGCCCAGCCCGGCCACCGGCGCAGCCCCUGGCCUGGCCGAGAGCCCCUGAGGGCGAGCACGGGGUGGGGGGGCUUGGGUGCCCCUGUGGCUCCUCGCCCACCCUCUCAGAGGGCAGCUGAGAGCGAAGGAGGGGACGUGGAGGGGAGGGACUGUGCCAUUAAUCCCCAUGCUUUUAAUGCUGCUCCCCGUGGGGAAACUGAGGCACAGGCUGCAGUCUAGCCUGGAGGGAGCAGGGAUCCUCAGGGGUCCUUGGGCUCUUCCUGCUGGGCACUUGAAUUACCCUCAGGAAGCAGCUUUGCUGCUCACCCCAGGGCCUAGAGGCAUGAAAAGCAGCACUGCCCUUCUCUUUGGAAUUUGCACACUGCUAUGGCAUGCAGAUGCUGCCUUGGGGCUCUUGUGGAUGCAGGGCAGGAGCCAAGGGACAGAAAAGCAUCACCGGGUGAAAGGAGUCUUGGGACCUGCCCCCAGCUACAAGGCACAAGGCUUGGCCUCUUGCACGUGGACUCUCCUUCUGCCUAGCUUGGUUGGCUGCUCAUUGAAUUUCUGCUCUAACUGCUUGGGGC